GAGACAGGAUCUGAAAGCAAGCGGCCCUGAGUGCAAGAGCCUGUGUGUGUGGGAGAGAGAAAUAAUACAAAACCUCCCAUCAUUCUCAGAUACACCAUUACACCUAUCCGUAGGACUGCAAACUAGGAAAGGCUCCUUUAUUUCUGAUUAAGCUGACUUUGGCGAUAGGCUUAAUUCAACAGAAGGAAAGUGUGGAAAACAGCAGACAUGUCACACGCAAUUAUCAGAAGAAGCUCCAGCAAGCAAGGGUUGCAGAAUCUGCUGAGGAUGACGGCCCAGCGGAGCAUUGAGGAUGCGGAGGAGAUUGAGCGGGAACGCCGGCGCAGGGCCAGGGAGGCGUUCCGCAGACAGACCAGCGAGACGGGCCUCGGGGGGACUGCAGGGGAAGAGGGUUCCCUGGAGGACUGCAGACCUCCAGGAGCCAACAGCCUGUUCGAGAGUGAAGUCAAGGCCAGCAACCUGGAAGUGCUGGAGGAAGACGAGGGCUUCAGUGACUGGUCCCAAAAGUUGGAGCGGCGCCGCCAGGGACGCCUGGAAGAGCAGAGACAGGAUGGAUUGGCCCGUCACAACGGGACACCCACCUCCACUGGGGUACCCAUCUCCUGGCAACAGCAGGAAGAAGAAGAGGAGGAGGAGUGGGAGAGGAAGGAGAGAGGCAGGUACAGGCAGAGAAAGGAGGAGCAGGAGGAUGAAGAUGAGGAGAGGAAAGUCAGUUUGAAGAGCAAGCAAGAGAAAAGAGUACCGGAUGAAAAGGUGAAAGAAAAGAAGAUGGAAGUGAAGACCUCAUUUGUAUCCAAAGUUUUUCUACAGCAGGAAAUGAAACACAGCAUCAGCAAUGGAGAUGCAGCAGGAGAGGGAAUGGCAUCACAUCUACUCACAACAAAAAGAACACCAAGCCCUCUCUCAGCCGUUGCUGUCUCUGGCAGGAGCCUAAGCCAGGCGCAGGAGGGCCAGGAUGGGGCAGGGGUCGCCCUGGAGACGGAGCAGAGGCUGGAGAAGAUCCGCCGGAGCCACCAGGAGAAGGAGAGCCAGGAGCUGGAGCAGCUGCGGCAGAGGCAGGCGGAGGCGGAGGCGGAGCUGGAGGAGCUGAAGAGGAGGAGGGAGGAGAGGCGGAGGCUCCGCGAGGAGGAGGAACGCAGGAGGGAGGAGGAGGAGCAUCAGAGGCAGCUCAAGGAGGAGGAAGAGAGGAGGCAAAUGAAAGCAGAGAUAGAGAGGAGAAGGAUGGAAGCAGCUGACAGAAGAGUGAGGCACCUCAGCAACUCAAGCACUGAAGGGGACGAACCUUUCACCCCUCUCAGUCCCAAGAGCCCCACCUUUAAGAAUGAGAGUGAGGAGAGGGUGACAGCAGAGAACACCAGCUCGAUUACCGAGAGGACAGAGUCCCUGAACCGAUCCCUGAAGAAAAACAACAGCAUGAAGAAGGCUCCGACCCCUGUGGCCAUCUCCAGGAUCGACGACAGACUGGAGCAGUACGCUCAAGCCAUCGAGAUUUCCUCCAAAGAGACUAAGGCAGCCAGACAGGCGUUGAUGGAUAUCCCCAGCCCCCCAGAGCCAGUGGCCUCCAAGAAGAGCCUGUUUGAGGCUGGAGAAGCCUGGAACCAGAACACCAUCAAGGGUGUUCCAUCUAAGGAUGUGGAAGGUCUGAAGGUGGGCGUGGCAGACCUGAUCAACCAAUGGGUGAAGGGGAACCCUGACAGCAGCAGCCGUAACUCCCCCUCCAAACCAACUGAUGUCAAAGCCGGUGACGUGUUACACAAAAAGAACCUGUGGGAGUCUAUAAGGGACAACUCCACCCCCGGGAGGUCAGGGCUAGCUGGGAAGGGGACUCCCUCUGGCAAAAGAUACAAAUUUGUUGUGACAGGCCAUGGCAAAUAUGAGAAGAUGCCGGUCAACGGUGAUGACUACGAUGAGUACAUGAGUGGAAAGUCAACUGGAAUGUCCCAUGAAGAGUCAUGAGAGGUGCAUGAUGGGUGUUGUGCCCCAACAAGCAUAUGUUUUUUAUUUAUGAUUUCACUCAUUCACAUAUUUGUUCUUGAUACUGUUUAUAUGCAGAUCCAUUGUAUCAAUCUCUCCG